UGGUCACACCAUUUAUCUUUUGUUAUUUUUCCACGAAGUAAUAUUUACUUUGCUCUGUUUUGUAUUUGCUCUCGAACGAUAAUAAUACAUGGCAACUGUCGAGUUUCAGUGUCGCAUUAUCGAAACUAUUCAUUCAUUAACAAACUGCCAGCUGCCGCUCGAGUUCCGUACUUUUUUGGGGGCGAGACAGAAACUGAAGUUAUAGUAACCGCAAAACCGACGCGGGAAUACUCUACGUUUACUCGAUAACAACAAAAGCAAAGGUAACUGACUGCAGCUGCUACUCUUACGGAACGGAGAACGCUCGCCGAACGUGAGCAGCGGCCUCCUUGUGGCUAGUGGCCCCCAUUCGGUCGAUGAGAGCUUCACUGGGUUUGGCCAGAACGCGUAAGAUGAGCAACAACUAUAACGAUGUGCCCUUCGGCAUCCGGAUGGUGCAGCGGCUGUCGCGCCAAUGCUGUACCCGCUUCCAUGCACGCAGAGAUCUGCUCUACAAGAUGUCUGUGUUUGUGCUAACUUUCCUGGCCUACGCCUGCUAUCACAUGUGCCGCAAGCCCAUAUCCGUAGUCAAGUCUGUGCUGCAGGGAAAUUGCUCUACGACACCGGCCACGACGGGUCAGGAUUGCGGCUAUCCCCCCUUCGAUGGUCCCGAUGCCACCACACUCUUUGGGAUGAUGGACUCGGCAUUCCUCUUCUCCUAUGCCAUUGCCAUGUUUGCCUCGGGCUUUGUGGCGGAGCGCGUCUCGCUGCGCUACUUCCUUUCCAUGGGCAUGAUCCUAACCGGCGUGUUCACCUACAUGUUUGGCAUUGCUCGUACCUCGAAUAUCCACAGCUUGUGGUACUUUAUUCUGGUACAGAUCUGCGCUGGCAUUUUCCAGACGACGGGUUGGCCUGGAGUGGUUGCGCUGGUCGGUCGGUGGUUUGGCAAAUCGAAGCGUGGCUUGAUCUUUGGCAUCUGGAACAGUCAUACCUCGAUUGGCAACAUUCUGGGUACUUUGAUAGCGGCCCACUACGUGGAGAGCGACUGGGCGCUGUCGUUUGUGGUUCCCGGCAUCAUCAUAGCAGCCGUGGGCUUCCUACUCUUCCUAUUUCUGGUUGAUCAGCCGGAGAUAGUGGGCUGUUAUCCGCAGACCGGGCAGCAAGAGCGACGCGUGGCCAAUGAGUCGGAUCAGGAGGAUCAUGGAGACGACGAGGAGCAUUUGCGUCACAAUGAUGCCGAAAUUAACUACAGGCCGGCACCCACCGAACGUACUCCCAUCCUAUCGCGCUCAGCCUCACAGCAGCCCAUCCACCAGAGAGGCCAUGGGCGACCCAUUAGCCUGAUUGAUGCCCUGUACAUACCCGGCGUGGUGGAGUUCUCGCUGUGUCUGUUCUUUACCAAGCUAGUCAGCUAUACCUUCAUGUACUGGCUGCCCCUGUACAUACAGUCUUCCAGCACACUGGGCCCACAGCUGUCCGCUGAUCUCUCCACGCUCUUCGAUGUGGGCGGCAUUCUGGGCGCCAUAGCUGCGGGCUAUCUUUCGGAUCUCACCGGAAUGUCGGCCACCGUCUGUACCGGCAUGCUGUUCAUUGCCUCGCCUAUUUUGCUGAUGUAUCAACAAUAUGGUGCAUUGUCGCUUACGAUUAGUAUUUUUCUGCUGAUUGUGGUCGGCAUCUUUGUGAAUGGCCCUUAUGCGCUGAUAACGACCUCGGUCAGUGCGGAGCUGGGGCAGCACAGCUCCCUGGAGGGUAAUGCGAAUGCCCUGGCCACUGUGACGGCCAUUAUUGAUGGCACGGGAUCGAUCGGUGCCGCUGUGGGUCCGCUGCUAGCGGGUCUCAUCUCCACAACGGGUUGGCAGAAUGUCUUCCAUAUGCUCAUCGUGGCGGAUAUCAUUGCCAUGGUGCUGCUGGGGAGACUGGUAGUCAAAGAGUUCGGUGCACUGCGCCGCUCGUCGCAUCGCAUACGGAUCGAAUAGCAGGCAGAAGAUGCGGAGACGGUGGAUGUAGAUGUGGUUUGACCGUUUAUUUAUUUGUUUUAUUACGCGUUCUGUGUACAUAUAGUGCUUACAUAAAGAGCGUUACUGUUUUGGUUUCCGUUUCAAUUCGAGAGCAUAUCAGAGUGCGGUUCUGAUCCUAGUUUUAACCUAAACUUAUUUUAAAUGGACAUCCUUCAUCCAUCGAGUUUAAAGUUUUGAUAUAUAUUACCUACAUAUAUAUAUUUACAUACAUCUAUUUUGUAAUCUUGUGUGUGUGCGAUCGAAGCGUGUGUGUCAGAGUCUCCUCGUUUUAAGUGCCGAACUAUCAUUAGUACUUAGCGUAAUUCUAUAGCUAUGUAAAUACACUUUAUCGUACACUUUUCGUACACCACCAAUAAAACCGGAUUUGACUGUA